AUGGCGGAGGUACAGAACGGAAGUGAAGCUGAGAAGGUCCCUGCUGUGGCUUUCACGGCACUGAAGCCAUGGCUGGUGGUGGAUGCGCCGAAAGCCAGCGACGCCGUGCAGUUUUACAAGACUGCCUUUGGAGCCGAGGAGCUGAGCCGCGUUAUGCACCCCAAGAGGAAGGCUGAUCACGAGAUUCCACUUGUUCUCUCUGCUGAACUCAAGAUUGGCUCCGCCACUAUUGUUGUAUCUGAUACCAUUGACGACUCAUUUGCUACUGUCAAGUCUGCAGUAACCGGAGGUGUGAUCUGCCUUGAGACUGAGGACGUGGAAGCUGCCUUGGUCCAGGCUGUGAACGCUGGCGCCACUACGGAAGGAGAGAUCUCCGAGGGUGAUGACUCGUGCUGCGGCGGGCGCGUGGGCAAGGUGAAGGACCCCUAUGGCAAUAUCUGGCUUAUCUGCUCUUCCUCGAAGAAAUGCGCUGACGUGGAAGCUUAA